AUGUCAAAAGUCGCAGUCAUUGGUGCAACAGGCCAAAUUGGUCAACUUAUCACUAAAAUUCUUUCCAUUAACAACAACGUCUCAGUUACUGGAUUUGUUCGUAAUGUUGAAAAGGCAAUGUCUAUAUUUGAUUCAUCAAUAAGAUUACAAGAAUUUUCAUUCAAUUCAACAGUUGAUGAAAUUGAGAGAUUGUUUAAUGGGUUUGAUACAGUCAUAUUCACUGCUGGAGCUUCUGCGUUUGAUAAAUAUGAAGAUAUUGCAAUGGUUGACCUUGAUGGAGCUUUUAAAGUGAUUGAGGCAUCUGAAGUUUCAAAUGUUAAAAGGUUCAUCAUCAUUAGUUCAAUCAAUGCUCAUAAUAGAGACUUUUGGUAUAAUGUUGAUGUUAUAAAAGUUUAUUAUGCAGCUAAGCGGGCUGUUGAUAAAUAUUUGGCCAAAACAGAUUUAGAUUGGACAAUAUUGGAACCAGUUCCAUUAGUUGAUGAGGAAGCCACUGGGAAAUUAAGAGAGAGUCAAGAUGCUUAUGAUUUCAGUUUAAAUCGAUAUGAUUUUGCAAAUGAUUAUUUGGGUAUUAAAGUAACAAGACAAGAUGUCGCACAAUUUGCUUUUGAUGCAUUACAAAAUGAUAAAACGAUCAAGAAAACCAUCCCUUUAAUCAAUGGUGAAUUUUCAUUUGAUGAAUUUAUUGAAAAGUUAUAG